AUGGUGGGCCCGUACCAGCUGGCAAAGACCAUUGGCGCAGGCAGUAUGGGCAAGGUCAAGGUUGCGCUCGACAUUCGCACAAAUAAGCGGCCCGCGUCCCACGCAAGCUGCGGCUUUCUGCAGCCGCGCGAGCGGUUCACCACCAAGGACCGCGAGCGGCGUGAGAACAAGGACAUUCGUAUUGUGCGCGAGGUAGCAAUCAAUCGGCUGCUGCACCACCCAAAUAUCUGUGUGCUGCACGACGUGAUAGUGCACCCAAACCACUACUACAUCUUCCAGGAGCUGGUCUCUGGGGGCCAGAUGCUGGACUACAUCAUCAGCCACGGCCGCCUG